UCUGACAGUUAAAUAACCUCAAAUUCCACCUGGGUCUAAGUUGUUUUGAUUUGCUAAAAUCACAAAAAUCUAAAUAAAUUAAUAAAGAUGAGCGAUGAUACGACUGACAAUAAUCCAGGCAAGAAGCGGGUGAGGAAGAAACGCAAGAAUUUCUUGGCGAAUGCAAAGAAAUACGCUAAGAAAGGGCAGAUGGGUCGCGGAACUCAAAUGCCCGAAGAAUUGUACCAAUAUUUUGUCGGUAUCUUGGAUGCUAUGAAGCAAGGAAUAGAGGACAGCGAGGAAAGAGUUGCCCUUGUUAACAACGUAUUGGAAAGAACAAAAGGUGUAGAAUUAAAUGUUGUGGAAAACCAACUUGGCUGUAGAGUCAUAGAGAUCCUUCUGCCUUAUUGUUCAGCCGAAGAUUUUGAACGUUUCAUUGAAGUAAUAUCUCCGGAACUACGUAGACUGUGUUCCGAUAAUUUCUCAAGUCACGUAAUUGAGACUAUGUUGCGAGUGGCCUGCGAAAGAGCUACAGAGAGUCUUCAGAGCAAGGAAGAAGAUGAAGUUCCCAAAAAGAAGAAAAAACAUGACGAAUCUGAGCCGAAAUACAGUGAAGAACAUGUUCGGAAAUGUAACGAGUUUACACUAAAGAUUUGUAAAUAUGCGUUGAAUAAUUUAGAAGAUUUUAUGUGGGAUUCGUACGCGAAUCAUAUAUUACGGAGUGCAUUAAAGUGUUUAAGCGGAAUCACGUUACUUCCGGGUGAGAAACCGAAGGUUAACAUUUUCAAAGAGACUGUUGGCAACAAUAAAGGUAUACCACCGCAUUUGACAGAUUUAGAGUACAAAAUUGUACCCGAAGAGUAUAAAGAGUUAGUCAAAGAAUUCGCUAACCGUUUAAUCCUAUGGCCUCAGUUCAAAGAUUUAGCGUAUGAAAAUUUGACAUCAGCAUUCUUACAAGUUUUGUUGUACGCAGUCAAAAAUGUCGAUAAGAAUUUGACUAAAAGUCUUAUUAAAAAGCUUUUGAAUGAGAGCUUCGCUCCAGAAGAUUGGGUGUCAGAGGGAGUUGAUGAGAAGAAGGAGGAGAAGAUAGAGAUUGGUGAUGAUGAUGAUGGAAACGGUGAUGUUAAAGCGAUGAGCUUGCCGCCUGUGUUCGUGAGUCAACCAGCUGUCAGAUUGCUGGAAGCCGCACUAUUCGUGGCUAAGAAGAAGAUGUACACACAGAUAUAUGCUCGCUGCUUCAUCAACCGGCUCGGUCAGCUUGCCACAGUGUCUAUGCUGAACUACACCGUGCAGAGGCUCAUAGACAACUGUCAAAUCAAAGAGGAGUUCGAGCCGAUGUUCGACGAGUUGUCCAACAAGUUCGGCGCGAUCCUCGCAUGCGGCAACACUGGAGUUUUGGUCGCCAUCGCAAAAGCCUGUCACCGGAUCAAGGCGAGGCAAAUGCAGUUUAUAAAUACGCUAGAAGCAGCUCUGCAAUGCUCAUCGCAUGAACACCAGAAAUACUUCGCAGUCCUGUGUCUGAGGUUGUUGCCCAUUGAUAGAGUUGACCUGACCAAACUUGACCAGGAAUACUUCAUCAACGUCCACGGAUCCGUGGUACUACAAAGUGUGCUGGAGUUUCAGCGUCCAGCAAAAGCGGUGAACAGUCUUCUGGAGUUAUCCCCUGAGGAGUUGGUGGUGAUUUUCAAGGACGCGAAAGGAUGCCACGUGAUGGACGCGUUCUGCAGGAGCCAGUGCGUCGGCGUCAAGGCCCGAGACAAGAUCGUUUGGAAACUCAAGGGCCACUAUCAGAAGUUGGCGUUAUCACAAUACGGCUCGAGAGCUUUCGAGCAGCUCUUCCAAGCUGCGAGCGACGAGCAGAAGCUGAAAAUGAUGGCGGAAAUAAGCGACAAAAGCAACUUGUUGAACAGCACGCCUUUCGGGCGGCUGGUGGCAGGCAAACUGGACGUGGAGACGUUCAAGCUGUCUCAGAAGAAAUGGGAGCAGGCUCGGUCGAUAAAACUUGUUAAUAAAUGAU